AUGAACGUCUUCUUCUGGCUGCUCGUGCUCGUUUCCCUUUUCGUUUCCGCCGAAUCCGUCGCCUCGAACAACAUAUUCUCCUCAAUUUUCUCCUCUUGGGGAAAGAAGAAGCCGACGACGACACCGCCUCCGUCCAGGAGUGAGUCAGGCUUCGAGUGAACAUCGAUCGAUAUUCCAUUUCCAGAUUAUGGAUCGUCGAGAUGCAACAUGCAGACGAAUCAGUGCUCGGCUUACGAAUGCUGCAACUCGGAUCAGACUUGUCUGAGAAAUCGGUGCUUCCCCAGAAUUUCGGUGAGUCCGUCAAGUGGAAGUCCAAUAGAGCGCACUUUGUGAUUCCAGAACUGCCCAGUAACCCGUGAUCAAUGCGGCAAUUCCUGUUGUAGAACUUCUGAGCAAUGCAGGAACGGAGUGUGUACGCGUUGA